CUGAUGACGUGAGCACGUCUGGUGGACGCCGCGCGGAGCCGGUACUCGCUUAUCUCUCAGUUUUCCCAGCAGCCUCUGGGGCCAGCAGCAGGAGCAGCAGGAGCAGCAGGAGCAGCAGGAGCAGCAGGAGCAGCAGGAGCAGCAGGAGGCACGGUACGAUGUCGGACGAGGAGGAUCUGGCUCCGGCCGUGAAGAAGAGUCGUGUUUUCUACGGAAGCCUGGAGGAGAAGGAGCGCGAGCGUCUUAGCGCCGAGUCGGCCAGAGGAAGUGAUGCGAUGAAGGCAGGCAUCGAGGCGGGAAACAUCAACAUCUCAUCAGGAGAGACUCUGGACCUGGAGGAGCGCGUCAGCGAGCGUCAGCAGGAGGCCCUCGCUGCUUUUGAGCGGCGCCGGCGAGCGCGACAGAUCACCGUUUCCACCGAUGACGCCGAGGUGAAGGCGGGCCUGCGGGCGCUGGGAGAGCCAAUCACACUGUUCGGAGAGGGACCAGCUGACCGCCGGGAGAGGCUGCGCAGCGUUCUGUCCGUGGUCGGUCCGGACGCUCUGAAGAAGUCCAGGAGAGACGAAGAGAGAGCAAAGAGGUCACAGGACGAGUGCCAGCAGACGUGGUACCAUGAAGGCUCCGCCUCCCUGAAGGAUGCUCGCCUUUGGUUGGCCAAAUACUCUCUACCCCGGGCGAUGAGGCGUCUGGAAGCUGCACGUGCUCAGAGGGACGUUGCCGAGGCAACCAGGGCAAUUCGGCAACAAGAGCUGCACAAAAGCCUGAGGAAUCUCAACAACUUCUGCAGUCAGAUUGGAGAUGAUCGACCAAUCAGCUUCUGUCACUUCAGCCCCGACUCCAAAAUGUUGGCCACAGCGUCCUGGAGCGGUCUUUGUAAGCUGUGGUCCGUCCCUGACUGCAACCUGAUUCGUACACUCAGAGGCCUGUGUGUGUGUGUGUGUGUGUGUGUGUGUGUGUGUGUGUGUGUGUGUGUGUGUGUGUGUGUGUGUCUCUGUGUUUGCCGUAGCGACGAGCCAGUGGCAGACAUUGAGGGUCACAGUGAGCGAGUGUCUCGGGUGUCGUGGCAUCCCUCAGGGAGGUUCCUGGGAACAACCUGUUAUGAUAACUCGUGGCGUCUCUGGGAUCUGGAGGUUCAGGAGGAAAUCCUCCAUCAGGAGGGUCACAGCAAAGGAGUCCACGACCUUCACUUCCACCCCGACGGCUCUCUGGCUGCUACUGGAGGACUGGAUGCGUUUGGCAGGGUGUGGGACCUUCGGACGGGACGCUGCGUUGUCUUCCUGGAGGGACACCUGAAGGAGAUCUACAGUGUGCACUUCUCUCCCAACGGGUAUCACCUGGCAACAGGAAGUGGUGAUAACACCUGUAAGGUUUGGGAGCUGAGGAACAGAAAGUGUCUGUACACAGUCCCCGCCCACCAGAACCUGCUGUCUGCGGUCCGCUUCCAACCCACAGAAGGUCACUUCCUGUUGACCGGAGCGUAUGACAACACGGCGAAGGUCUGGAGUCACCCGGGCUGGACCCCGCUGAAGACGCUGGCGGGACACGAGGGGAAGGUGAUGGGCGUCGACGUGUCGCCUGACGGGAAGCUGAUCGCCACCAGCUCCUACGACCGAACCUUCAAACUGUGGCUGUCAGAGUGAUGCGUUGAUGAUGUCAUGACAGCAGAAACGUGAUUUUUUUUUAAUGAUGAAAAGAGUUUUUUGUGAAAUAAAAGUGACAGUUGAGCCCAGA